AGCAACAAGGGACAAGUAAAGGGAAAAAGGGGGAAGACAUCCACGUAUCGUCUCUCCUGCAUCCCAGCCGCGUAAUGUCCUCAAUGUCCAACGGUACGCGUGUCGGAUGAGACGCUGCUCGCAGUCAAGCCGAUAACGUGUCCACGGUGGCGGCGUGACGCGGAAGGGAGAGGGACUAAACAUGGAGCUGGACGACGGAGUCGUGUACCAGGACGACCCGGGGACAUCGGCGAUGAUGUCUGAGCGGGUGUCGGGCCUGGCCAACUCCAUCUACCGCGAGUUCGAGAGGCUCAUCGGCAAAUACGACGAGGACGUGGUGAAGGAGCUGAUGCCGCUGGUCGUGGCGGUGCUGGAGAACCUGGACUCGGUGUUCGCGGAGAACCAGGAGCACGAAGUGGAGCUGGAGCUGCUGAAGGAGGACAACGAGCAGCUCAUCACCCAGUACGAGCGCGAGAAGGCGCUGAGGAAGCAGGCGGAGGAGAAGUUCAUUGAGUUUGAGGACACGCAUGAGCAGGAUAAGAAGGACCUGCAGAACCAUGUGGACAGAAAGGAGUCCCACUCACGGCAACUGGAACUCAAGAUCAAGAACUACGCCGACCAGAUUGGCAGGUUAGAAGAACGUGAAUUGGAGCUCAAGAAAGAAUACAACUCACUCCACCAGCGACACUCAGAGAAGAUCCCUAACUACAUGGGGCACGUGGGGAGGAUCAAAAUGCAGCAAAAAAAUGAGAAUUCCGAGUCAAGCGCAGUCGCCCGAGUCAGGAGAGAGCGGCCCCUCUCUCUGGGGAUCUUCCCGUCCCCCGGUGGAGCGUCUCUGCUGAUCCCCGACUCGCUGGCCAGGGCGGAGACACCGGGCACGGAGGGCUGGAGGUUCACCGAGCCGGCGCGCUCCAACACCAGCCUCAAGCAGUUGGACUUUGUCAACCCCCCCAAGGCAAAGGAGGGUAAUGGUGCGCAGGACUCUACUUGGGGGAAUUCACUGGCAGAUGACUGCAAGGAUGAGCUGUCGGUCUUCACCGGCUCCAAGUCGGCCCCACCGAUGUCCAGCACCGCCUCCGACGGCAGCAGUAAGAGCCCGGAGGAGCGGGCUGCGCCGGGGACCGGGUCCAUAUCAGCGGGUUUACCUGAAAAUGAGAAGAGCUCAGAUGUGCAGGACAUCAUUGAGACGACCCCUGAGCUGGACAUGGAUGUCAUUGGAUACAAACCCUGCAGCACUCCUACUAAAGGGAUCGAGAACAUGGCGUUUGACCGAAACACAGAAUCUCUGUUUGAAGAACUGUCUUCUGCAGGCAAUGACAUCAUAGGGGACGUGGAUGACGGGGCCGACCUGCUGGUGGAGUACUCUGACCUUAGUUUGAUUGGAAUGGGCCGGGAAGUUGAAAAUCUCAUUCAGGAGAAUUCUCAGCUGCUUGAGACAAAGAAUGCCCUGAACGUGGUGAACAAAGACCUGAUAUUGAAGGUGGACGAGUUGACCUGCGAGAAGGAGAUGUUGGAGGGAGAGAUGGAGGCUGUGCUGCAGGCCAAGACCAAGCUGGAGGAGAAGAAUAAAGAGAUGGAGGAGGAGCUCAAAAAGGUUCGACUGGAGAUGGAGGAAGCGAAACACAAAACUAAAGAGGAAGAAGACAGCGAUGUGCCGACAGCACAGAGGAAGCGCUUCACCCGGGUGGAGAUGGCCCGCGUGCUGAUGGAAAGGAACCAGUACAAAGAGCGGCUGAUGGAGCUGCAGGAAGCGGUGCGGUGGACGGAGAUGAUCAGGGCCUCGAGAGAAAAUCCAACACUCACAGAGAAAAAGAAAUCCAGCAUCUGGCAGUUCUUCAGCAGACUGUUUAGCUCUUCCUCCAGUUCGCCUGCUAUGAAGAAGGCGGAGCCGCAGUCCAACAUGAAAUACAACCCUCCGGGCAGCAUGGUGAAGAGGAGCAGCACUUUCUCCCAGUUCCCAACAGAGAAGUCAAAGACCUUUGACUUCCUCAAUGAAGAAAAGGACCAGUGCAGCUCGCCAUCGCGCAAAGAGCAGAAGAGAGCCCAGUACCGGCAGGUCAAGGCCCACAUGCAGAAGGAGGACGGACGGGUCACGGCACACGGCUGGAGCCUGCCCAGCAAAUACAAGGUGGCAAAUGGUGGACAAGUGGAGAACAAAAUGAACCUACCUGUACCCGUAUACCUGAGACCUCUGGAUCAGAAAGAUGCUUCUAUGAAGCUGUGGUGUGCUGCAGGGGUCAACCUCUGUGGGGGAAAGACAUUACCGGAGCUCAUGAAGCAGACGAAGGGUUCUCAGAGUAGUCUGGACCAGUUGGGGCAGGAGAGUAAAGUGAGAUUACGUGAUUUAAAGGAUCAGGAGAAAGGGGAGCAGGAGAAGGAAGUGAUCCUUCAGGAUGAGGUGUCCAGUAAGGUGUGGGUGUGCACCAGCACCCACUCCUCCACCAAGGUCAUGGUGCUGGACGCCAUUCAGCCCUCUGACUUACUUGACAGCUUCUACGCCUGCAACACCCACGUCGUCUGCAUUGCCAGCGUGCCGGGUGUGCUGGAGACUGAUUAUUCGGCAGGUGAAGAGGCACCUCAAGACCCGGAAGCCGGCCAAGGGGACAGAGUCUCGCUGGCCGGCAGUGUGGCCAGUGUGGGCUCAGCGGGCAGCGACGGCGCCGCUGCAACGGAGGGGACCACCGCCGUUCCCCAGACAGCCAUCGCAGGUGUCACCGACCAGCCGGCUGAGCACAGUGGCGUCUCCAGCUCAGUGGAGCUGUCCAGAGAGACCAGUCCAGCAGAGGGCAGCAUUCCUACGGCCGAGGAGGCCACGGAAGCAACGGAGGCUAAUGCCGGCGUGGGCGACGAGGGAGAGGAGGACCAGGGAGCGGAUCCUAACCAGCCAGGGAUCUACACGGAGCAUGUGUUCACCGACCCCCUGGGGGCGGGCCCCACGGACUCCCCCUCUGCCCACGCACAGAGGGGCUGCGGACAUGAGGGCGACACUUCCUUUCCAGAAGACUCAGACCCUUCAGAUGAAGUCCUGAGGAUGAGCAGCGCACUUCCCACCAUGUGGCUGGGAGCUCAGAAUGGAUGUCUUUAUGUGCACUCGUCCGUGGCUCGAUGGAGGAAGUGUCUUCACGCCAUCAAGCUGAAAGACGCCAUCCUGAGCAUAGUGCACGUUAAAGGGAGAGUCCUGGUAGCUUUGGCCGAUGGGACAUUGGCGAUAUUUCACAGAGGCGCCGACGGUCAGUGGGAUUUAACCAACUACCACCUGUUGGAUCUGGGUCGGCCUCACCACUCCAUCCGCUGUAUGACCGUGGUCCAUGACAAGGUGUGGUGCGGUUACAGAAACAAGAUCUAUGUCAUCCAGCCCAAGGCCAUGAGGAUAGAGAAGUCGUUUGACGCUCAUCCUCGCAAGGAGAGUCAGGUGCGGCAGCUGGCCUGGGUCGGUGACGGUAUCUGGGUCUCCAUCCGACUGGACUCCACUCUCCGCUUGUUUCACGCCCACACCUACCAGCACCUCCAGGACGUGGACAUCGAGCCCUACGUCAGCAAGAUGUUGGGUACGGGUAAACUGGGCUUCUCAUUCGUGAGGAUCACAGCUCUGGUGGUGUCCUGCAGCCGACUGUGGGUGGGGACGGGGAACGGCGUCAUUGUCUCCAUCCCUCUGUCUGAAGCCAACACGACAGCGGGAGUAGCGUCAAACCGUCCCGGCAGUGCUGUGCGGGUGUACGGCGAUGACGGUUCAGACGGUGGCGCGCAGGGCGGCUUCGUGCCGUACUGCUCCAUGGCGCACGCCCAGCUCUGUUUCCAUGGACACCGGGAUGCUGUCAAGUUUUUCGUCACAGUGCCGGGUCAGGCGAUGCCGCCUCCAGGCAGCGCCGAUUCAGGCUCCGAUGACCCUCCGUCUGAAUCCUCUGACGCAGCAACCUCCGAGCCCAGAACAUGCUUGGUCAUGAGUGGAGGCGAAGGCUACAUCGACUUCAGAAUGGGUGACGAAGGCGGAGAGCUGGACGGUUUAUCGGAGCCAGCAGCCGGCCAGCAGUCGUCCCCCACCAAGGCCGAGCAGAGCCACCUCAUCGUCUGGCAGGUCACGGCCUCCCAUGAUUGAAUAAGAGAUCGGACUGUUGUGUCAACGCCAGGGCCGCCCGCCAAAACCCCACAUGUCCUCCUCAAAGUUUUUAAUUUGGUAUUAUUGAUUGUUCUUAAUGCCUGAGUAGUUGGCUACUUUGUAAAAG